AUGCGCAGCGAUGGGCACACGCUGGAGGAGAGCCCACAGUCCGGGCGCUCUAUGCCGUAUGUCGCGGUGCCCGCGGGCGCCCUGUGGCUGGGCGCUGCGCUCAGCAGCAUCCUCCGCUUCGGGCUCCUGGCCGUGGCCAUCGUGGACUAUUGGUACCUGGGGCGGGUGGAACCGGCUCGGGACCCGGAAUCGCUCAGCUCCCACUCCAGGCUCUGGCUGGUCUGUGAAGGCAGGAAUGUAUGUGUCCCACUGAUCAACCCAUUUGGGAGUGAAACCCAAGAGGUGCCCACGUCUCUGCAGCAUCUUAUCUGCAUGCACCGGGCCUUGGUGGUCAUGCUGCCGCUCAGCCUCAUUCUCCUUGUCUUCGGCUGGAUCUGUGGCGUCGUCAGCUCCUUGGCACAAAGCUGCCAGCUGCUGCUCUUCACAGGCUGCUACUUCCUGCUGGGAGGCCUGCUGACUCUGACCAGGAUCAGCGCCUCCAUCAGCUACUCUGAGGUUGCCUUCGCUGAGACCGUCUGCAUGUACAGCCAACAGCACUUUGACCACGUCCACAUCAGCUUUGGCUGGUCCAUGGCACUGGCCUGGCUCUCCUUCCGCUCAGAGGUGCUGGCUGGCUCCCUCCUCCUCCUCGCUGCCCGGCUCCUCAGCCUGCAGCAAGCCACACGCUCUGUGGCCAUCUGAGCCACAGGGAGAUGGGCAGACACACCCCAGCGCUCCACCACCUCCAGCCUCUUUGGGACUGACCUUUCUGCCACCUCGUGCCCCACGCACCCAGCUGCAGGCCCCCUGCAUUGCAGCCCCUGCUGCUGGGAGGGAAGCAGGUAGGGGGCAGAGGCUAAAGCCCCACAGCAUCAGGUCCAGACUGAUCCUCCACUCCCUGGUGCUGCUGGCUGCUGCUUGGAUUCCCUGAGUUCCUGGGGCUGGGCCUGGCGGCCAGCUCCUCUCAAUCCAGUGGUCCCUGGCUAUGAUGGAGGCCAGCCUGUUAGAGAGGGCCUGCACCCUCCCCACACAGAGCCAGCCGGCUGCAGGGAGGAAGAUGGGGACAAGGGGGGAGCAAAGGGCAGAUGCUACUGCACCAUGCUCAGACCUGGAGAGAAGCAGAGCAUCCUUUGGAGCAGGGAAGCCCAUCAGACCGGUGCUAAGCCUGGGGUGAAGGAAGCAGCACCAAGGGGCAGUCAGCCCCACCCUGAGGCUUUUCUGCCUGCAGCCUGCCACAGCCCCCUGCUGCUACUGCUUCAGCUACCCUCCCAUGGCCAGAGCAUCUGGCCUCCUGUCUGUCCUGCCUCUACCCAGCGUCUGUCCCAAUAAAAGGCUCCUCUGAUUCCAUAGCCAGCGUCUGUCUGUUGUUGGCACCUCCCACCCCUUCCAGGCUACCAUAACCCCUGGGGCUGAAAGAGCUGGAGGCCCAGCCGCUGCCUGGCACAGCCUUGCAACCAUCCCUCUGCACCAGGAGCUGCUGCAGUCCUGCCUUCUCUGCCCUCCCUGAGUGUCCCCACGUGCUGGCUCUCCCUGCCUGGGAAGGAGCUGGGCUGAGCAUCACCCAGAACCCCUCUCUGCAGCGCAGGCUGGGAGCGAGGCCAGGCACAGGGGUGUCUCCUGUGGAGGAACUGAAUUUCUGCAGCCACGCUGCACUGCUGCUCCUGAAGCCCCAAGGCUCUGGUGGCCCCUGCCUCAGGUUGGGUGCUUGUCACCAAGAGCUCCCAGGCCAGGGGCUGGGCUGCUCUGGGGCUGGGAUCUCCCCACAGAACAGCUGGGCCCUGCGCCAAUAUACCCUGAGCCAGGCCAGGAGCUUAUUCUUUAUUAAGCCGUAGGGAAGCAGAGCAGUCUCUGCAAGGCUCCAGGCAGCCCAGCAGCAGAAACAGGAGCUUUCAGCCAGGAACUGCAGAGACUCCAUCAUGGGCUGCCCGAGCCCAGCCCCCUUCAGCCUCCCCCGCAUGCCCCCAAGGUGGGCCACUCCAAAGCAAGUGCCAGGGGCUCCGUACCUGCCUGGGGAAUGCCCUGCCAGCCACCCUCUCACCUAGCACAGCAUGGGCAGGGUCAAUCCCUCAGGCAAGCCAUUUAGGGCUUUGUGGGUCAUAACCAACCGCCCGGAGCCCAUGGGCAGCCUGCGCCAAUCCGGGGGCAUGGGGUCACAUGCGGCCAGGAGGCACAACGGGAUUCAGUGCCUGAAGGAAGCUGCCAGCUCCAGCAAUCAACAGGUGCAAACCUGCUGGGCCAGCAACGGCUCGGAGCUCAGCAGGCUGCAUCAGCACUUCCAGCCCUGCAUCCUCACAACAGGCUCCAGGGUGUAGAUCCUCUCACAGUCCCUUGAACCGUAGAGCAGUUGGGUCACGCUGCCCUGUGUGCAUGGACCAUAGUGCACAUCCCUGUGGGCAGGAAUCUCACUGCUCCUGGCCUUGCCCCCAGGCCUGCUGCACCCUGAGAAGUUGUCACACUCGAUUGUGGGAUAACUAUAGAGGCACUGUGGGAAGAGGGGCCAAGGCCCUGAUUCAGCUGGCAGCAGCACUGCGUCCACACGGGUGUUUGGAGCCGUGAGCAGCUUCUGGCCGGGCUGGUGGAGUGUAGACAGGCGAGCGACAGGCACGGGGCAGUGCAGCCCGGCAUGGCUCAGUCAUUAGGCUGGACAAUGCAACUACACGGGCCAUGCCCAUGUAACUCCCACUGCCAUGGCCCUGGCUGGCUUAAUCCUAGAAAGGGGGUGGGAACCCCUGUGCUUCCCCAGGCAGGGCUGGGCCCACCUCUGCUGCACUGUGGCUG